CUCAUCUAUUCCAACACUCCCAAGUGUUGUCUUCCCGCACAAACAAACACCACUCUCCCCCCUCUCUCUCUCUCUCUAGUUCUUGCAAUAAAUUCCUCAUUUUCUCUCUCCUUCAAAACUGCAUAUUCUCUCCUUUACUUCUUCAAAACUCAAAACACUUGUAAAUGUGUGAGAAAAUCAAAUUUUUUUUAAAAAAAAGUUAAAAUAAAAAUUAGUGAUGAUACUUUAGUCCCACCUUCCAUACGCAUAACCAUAUCCCUUUCUUCAAUCCAACUCCACUUCUUCAUCAAAUUUCCCCCACUAAAUACUUAAAAUUUCACCCAAAAAAUUUAAAAUUCCACAAUAUAUCUUCCUUUGUUUGCACUGAAAUUCCUAAAGAAGGAAAGUUUAAUCACAAAAACAAAUAGUGGGUAUUGAUUAUUUUCCAAAAAGAAUCACUUAUUUAAUUGCGAAAUGAGUAUACAAGUUGUACAAUCUUCAAGCAUAAGUUCAAUAGAAAAUGGUAGCCCCACAAGAAAUGAUGGUUUGUACCAACAAAUUCAUGAUGAUGAAAAUCAUAAUAAUAAUACGACGACUACUUGUUGUUCUGAGGAAGAAGAGGUGGGUGGAGGAGAGAGAAAAAGGAGGAGGGAAGUUGAGGAAGAAGAAAGAGAUAUUCAGUUAAAAUUUGUUGGAUUAUUUUUUACUGCAUUUAGGAGAUCUGUUUUUGGGUGUUCUUCUUGUGAUAUUAGAUCAGGGUUUUCGUCGUCUUCUUUAGGUGGUGGUGGUGGGAUGGAAAUUGGGUUGCCUACGAAUGUGAGGCAUGUUGCUCAUGUCACAUUUGAUCGCUUUAAUGGCUUCCUUGGUCUUCCUGUUGAGUUUGAGCCAGAAGUCCCUAGAAGAGCUCCUAGUGCUAGUACUACAGUGUUUGGAGUGUCAACCAAUUCUAUGCAACUUUCCUUUGACACCAGAGGAAAUAGCGUGCCUACAAUACUCUUGCUAAUGCAACAUCGGUUGUAUGGUUUAGGAGGUCUCAAAGCGGAAGGAAUUUUCAGAAUCAAUCCUGAUAAUGGGCAAGAAGAUAUUGUAAGAGAUCAACUAAACCGAGGACUAAUUCCAGAUGAUGUCGAUGUUCAUUGCUUGGCAGGUCUAAUAAAGGCUUGGUUCAGAGAACUUCCAACUGGUAUUUUGGACUGUCUUUCCGCGGAGCAAGUUAUGGAAUCUCAGACAGAAGAGGAGUGCUUUCAGCUUGCAAGGCUUCUUCCUCCAACAGAAGCUGCUCUUCUGGAUUGGGCUGUUAAUCUGAUGGCUGAUGUUGCACAGUUUGAACAUAUGAACAAGAUGAAUGCGCGCAAUGUUGCUAUGGUGUUUGCUCCAAACAUGACUCAUAUGGCAGACCCUUUGACAGCUUUGAUGCAUGCAGUGCAAGUGAUGAAUUUCCUGAAGACACUCAUCGAAAGAACAUUAAAAGAAAGAGAGGAUUCGGUGUUAGAUUCAGCUCUUGAUUCUUACGGUAGGGAUCCUUCAGGUGACAAUGGUUGUCACACCCCCUUGCAAACCAUUCACGAGGUGAAUAGUGAAAGCGAGCCAGAUGUUAUAGAAAACCAAACUUCUAAAGCCAUGAACACUACUGCAGCUGAUCAGCCAGCCACCUCGACUGAAAACAUCAAUAUCAUUCCUGGAGAAUAUCAGUCCUUACUCAGCAAUCAUAGAGAUGAGGAAUCAACACCUGAAGACAGCAAAACCAAGCCGUGUAUCAAACAGAAGAAUAGUAGAAAUGGACAGACUUCUACAACUAAAAAGGGACCUAGAAAGAAUAAUGAAAAACUUCUUGUUCAGGUAGCCCCUAAGUCGGGAGAGAAAACUAAGGGAUCUAUCCUUGUUACCAGUGUUAAACCAAGGAAUGAAAGAAUUGAAGCUUGGCGGUAAAUCUUGUUGUGCUUAAUUCGUUCCAUUAUAAAUCUAUGUUUGUAUUAUCUGCAUCUUUUGUGGCUGGUGAUCCAAAGUUGAAAUUGUAGUUUCACUUUGGAAUAAUGUAUUUAGUAUCUAUUACGGCUUUUUCUGGAUGAUUUUAUAUGCUGUAUGAUUGGUGAUUUUCUGUUUAUCUGUUCUGAAGUUUUUUGGGAUAUUUCCUUGUAACCCCAGAAGAGCUAACAGUUAUAUGUAGGCUUUGGAUUUUUGUAUGAAUCAAGUCGUAAAUUUCCUAAUAA